AGGAAGAGCCUAAGCCCACUGUCACCGUAGAAGUGAACAAGCCAGAGCCUAAGCCUGAGGUGACUGUCAACGUCCCCUGGUGGAAGCAGCCCAUUGUUUUGCCCCCUAUCAUUGUGCCAAUCGUGCAGCAGGUGCAGGCCCCUCCUCAGAUUCAGUACGUAGCCUCUCCCCAGGUUCAGUACCUCCCCGCACCACAGCAAGUUCAGUACAUCCCUGCCCCACAGCAAGUCCAGUAUGUCCCUGUUCAGCAGCAGGUUCAGUACGUUGCUGCUCCCCAGCAGGUUCAGUACGUUGCUGCACCACAGCAGGUUCAGUACGUUGCUGCCCCUCAGCAGGUUAAGUACGUCGCCGCUGAGUCCGCUCCCCUAGUUAAGUACAUUGCCGCCCCUGCACAGCAGAUCAAGUACGUCCCUGCCCCAGUUCAGAAGAUCCAGAUUGCCGAAUCUGCUCCUACGGGCGUCAAGGUGGUGGCUUAA